CGAGAUCCCAGCUGUGUCCGUGCCAGCCCUACAAUCGGCUAAUAAUAGUGAGAGCAUCGCACCGAGAGGUUCGCCUAGCAGACAACAUGUCGGGUCGUGGUGGUAAAAAGAAACAGAAGAUAAUGUCGAGAUCAGCUCGAUCCGGGGUCCUUUUCCCUGUUGCCCGAAUGCUCCGCUACUUGAAGCGAGACACUCAUCACUUCCGUAUCGGGGCCGGAGCCCCCGUCUACAUGGCUGCCGUUAUCGAGUAUCUUACUGCUGAAAUCCUGGAGUUGGCAGGCAAUGCAGCACGGGACAACAGGAAAGGGCGGGUAACUCCCCGACAUAUUCUCUUGGCAGUUGCCAAUGAUGAAGAAUUGCACCUGUUGCUGAAGCACGUCACCAUUGCCUCAGGAGGCGUUUUACCAAAGAUACUUCCCGAGUUGAUAGGGAGGAAGAAGGGGAACAAGUUCCCCAACUCCCUUCUUCCCCUGGGCUCCAAACCUGCUGCUGUUGCUCCCCCCAAACCCAAGAAAGCUAAAGUAGUUGACAGCUCAAGUCCCUCCUCUAGUGCCAAAGUGGCGAAGAAACCUUCACCAAAGAAACUUAGUGUUGUCUCAGUCAAAGGCAAGCCAAGCAAGGUCAAGGGAGGAAAGGUCAAGGUGAAUGCUGGGGACAGCACGAACACCAAGAUCGGCACCACCGAUGCCAGUGGAUUCACCAUCUUGUCUGAGAAGAAGCUCUUCCUUGGACAGAAGAUGACUGUGCUCCAGGGCGACAUUGUGAAGAUGACUGCUGAUGCCAUCGUCCAUCCUACCAACUCCACCUACCACAUGGGCGGGGAAGUAGGUCAGGCAAUGGAGAAGGCCGGAGGAAAGGAGUUCCGGCAGGAGAUCGACAACCUUCAAACAGCGCACGGACCCAUUGAUAUUGCAGGAGCGGCAAUGUGCCCAGGUCGUAAUUUCCCAGCCAAGUAUGUUGUCCAUGUGAACAGUCCGUCUUGGGGUUCUUCCAACUCACAACAGCAGCUAGAGAAAGCUGUCAAGAACAUUCUAACUCUCGCUGAUGAGAAAAACCUCAAGUCUUUAGCUAUACCUUCCAUUGGGAGUGGGAACGCUGGGUUCCCGAAGCAGACGGCAGCUCAGAUCAUUCUCCGCGCCAUCAGCAACUACUUCAUGACAGUGAUGACGAGCUCGCUGAAGCAAAUCUACUUUGUACUGUACGACAUGGAGAGUAUUGGAAUAUACACCAGUGAAUUGGCGCGACUCGACUCCUAAUGUGCCCCUUAUGUUUUCAUUUCUUCAUCUUAUUGAAUGAAUCAUAUGUCCUGCUUGCCUGGACAUGAUGUUAACAUAUUUUACAUCAACACUACAAUAGUUGAAAAUACAUACUGUUUGAUUGGUAAUGAAAUGAUAUGGCUUACAAAAUGUUAAUGUGCUGUUGCAUUGACUUUGCAGACAUAAAAUGUUCUAGUUUCACCAUUUUAAGGCAUCUUUUUUAAUGAGCAAACAAAGUUAGGGAUCAUGAAUUUUGGGGGAAAUAUUUUUAGGAAAUUGUUGGCUCAGUCUUCACAACAGAAGUGAGGUCAUCCCAAAAAAUAUUCACGAUCCCGGACGUUUUUUGUUCAGUAUGUCCACGCAAGGGAUGCAUUUGUAUUCAGUCAAAGGGGCUGCGUGUUGUCAUCUUCAUAUGUUAAUAAUGACAUAAUACCUUGCUGUAUAUAGUCAAGCCAAGCACUCAUACCCUAAAGACUUGUCUCAUUGUGUGAUUCACAAACAGACACGCAUCUGUCCAGGCAAGCAGGUCUGUCCUCACUCUGUGUUCAUGUAAAAUUCAUGUGAGUGAAACUGAGGCCACACAAGCAAGGUCAAGGUCAUAACAGAAUGUCUACGCUUCCUACGCAUUUUCAGGCAACUAAUUACACUAAAAGACAUGAAACAGAUUAGAUUUGUUAUUUAUUGAAGGAUAUUAAUGAUCUAUUGACAUGAAAAAUAAACAAUUAUAAGUUGUUAAUAUUUGAAAAAUGGAUAGUGUAAUAUGUUAAUUUUGUUUAAUUUAUUUUGUUUUUGUUUAUGUUUUAUUAACAAAUGAUUAAAGGAAAAUGUUAUAUUGUUUUCAAUAAGCUAUAUCUAUAUUCACUAUGACCUUGAUCAUCUUUAUGUGGAUGUUUAUCAAACUUGUUUCUGUGCAUUUGACAAUUUUCUGAAGGGCAGCCUGUCAGUUAGGUUCUUUGAGAGGGAGACUUGUUUAGUUUGUUCUGUUACGCCCAAAAGAAUCUGUUUCGGAUAACCAAGACUGGUUAUUCUCUGGCUUUGAUGUUUUAUAUUUGCCCAGUACUAAUAUCAGUGUAAUAUUUUAUGCACUUGGUGGCCACUUCCUCUCUCACACUGCAAAGCAUGGCAAAGCCAUGUACUAGCUUUAGUUUCACAAAUAUAUAUGUUGUCAGUGUUUCACAUAUUCAUGAAAAAAAUGCAUUAAUUUCAUGAGAGUACAUUCAUGAGUUGUUUUUUUUAACAUUGAACGUGCAUUCGAACAUUCUAGUUUGCUCAAGUGAAGGAAUAAUCAAGAUGUACCACAUUCAGCACAUAGCAUUGGGAUUUGUCAACCUUAUUUUAGGUGGUAUUUUGAGAUGUUGUUUUGCAUAUCAAACUUGUGAAUAUGCUGUUCGGGAUUUCCAGUUUCAUUGUAUCAAGAUGGUCUUUGACUCAUGUUAUGAGUUUUGCAUUACACAACCGACAACAAAUAAGGGAACUAAUAAUUUUAAUUUAUCGUUUAGGUUACAUUUACAAUACCGUGGCGUUGCAUCUGAACUCAACAACAAAUUACAAUGAAAUUUCACCAUCACUGAAGCAGUUGAGCUAAGAACAUGCUUAAAAUACCUCCGAGACAUGAACUAAUAAAAUGGCAAAUUGUGGGUUCGAAAGAGGAAGAGACAUCACUAUCCCAAGUUGCCCGACGUUUAACAAAUGAAAAAGUGCAUGUUCCCCUAUUUUUUGUCAGUAGUAUAUAAAGAAAACCAAAACAACAUUCAAAUUUUUCUUAACAAAAAGUUAUAAACCUAAUUAGACAAUAACAUCUUUUUGACUUUUGAUACUUUUAAAUACUUCAUGUUUUCAAAGCCAUGCAUCAUUUUGUCAACAUCUUGAGAUGUCACCUUGUCAGGAUUGCAUAAUGUGGACACUACUUAUCAUUUAAAGGUGCAAUUCUGUCUCUUUAAAUGACACCGCUGCCAAUGCAUGCAGAAAAAAAACUAGCACAUUAUACAAUUCUUAGCAAAUACUAUGUUUGGGAUAACACUUUCUUUGUAUACAAUUCUUAACUUUCUCUUUUAAGAUUCAUCAAAGGCUGAGUUAGCAGGCAAAGCCUUCUUAUGUCAUUAGGGUUUGUUUUGUCUCACAUUCUGCUAACUGUUCAUGCCACCUACAUCAGAGUUACCAUCCUCGAUUGUCCAGGGUAUUAUAUAUCCAUUCUGUUAUGAUUAAUGCCCUUGAUCCAUUCAUUACCAUGGCUUCAUUUAGGAAAUGAUGUCACCAUUUCCAUCUGUGUUAUCAGUAACUUUGCGCAGAUUUUCUCGCACUCACUACGCUCACAAGUGAAUUUUGAUUGGAUGGCUGUAUUUAGUAUCGUAUAUUUAGAAUCGACUCAAAACAUUAUUAUGUUGAGCUGCUGGAGUUUUUCCAAUACAAUUCUUAUUUCAGGUCUGUAUUUGCCUUAAAGGUCGUGUGUCCCCAACUCUAGUGUUGAACAGACACCAUCAGGUGUACAUGAAUAUUAAGUUACAAAGAUUCAUGGUUGGUGGGGUAGAUUAGUGGUUAAAGCGUUUGCUUGUCAUGUCAAAGGCCCGGGUUCCAUUCCCCACAUGGGUGCAAUAUGUGAAGACCUAUAUUUCUGGUGUCCCCGGCCAUGAUAAUGCAGGAAUGUUGCUAAAAGCGACAUUAAACCAUAAUCACACAUAAUGAGUUACCUAGAUUAGUGUGUAAGAGCUUUGACUUGAGAAUGGAUCAAAAUCAGUGAUCAAAUAGUUUUUCAAAGUGUUCAGAACCCUUGACCAUAAGUUAAACAGCCAUUGACAAGAAUUUCAGUAAAGCUAAAAUCAGGACACAAAUAAUUAGAACUGGAAGUGUUUUAGGACCACUCAAAGAUAGCCUUUCUACCGGUCUACUGCGACCAUAGCUUACCAUCGCUUACAAUAGCUUACCAUAGCUUACAUAGCUUAUAGUGUCCUAUGAGGGAUAACAGAGCAGAUGUAUGCGGUAAUUGUACAACAAUUACCAAUGUAAUUAGUCUCUUCUGUUCAGUAAAGGAACUGACCAUUUUAUGAUCUGUGAGGGCUGGGAGUUUUACAGACAAAAUGGUUUCGGUCACUGCUGUAAGACAAAUUUUUGUUUUUUCUCAAAGGGUAAGCCAACAACUUCCCUUUAAUUCCAUAACACAUUCUCUUUUAGGGCAUACAGCAUAUCCAGGUAACGAUUCAUAGGCAAAAUUAUUUUUAUUCAGUCAUUAUUGAACAAAUUAAUUUGUUUUAGAUCUCAAGGCUCCCCAGAAUGUGAAAUGGGUGGUUCCUUUACUCAAGUGUUUGAGAUAAUCGUGUAUUAUGAUUGUGUUAUGAUAGUGUCUACUGUAGAGGACUGCAUGUGUUUCUAUUUAUUUGUUGAGGUGAAUGAACAAUCUAUGCUGACCGAGCGGCACGAAUGUGUAUUACAUCCCACAUGUUGUAUAUCACCCAUUACUACCAUCAUUAAUCAUUACUCCAUGCAAGACGGUUAUCAUGUGCUACAUGACAUAUAUAUCCAUGCAUAUAUCCUCUACGGGGAACUGAUACAGCAGCAUCGACCUGUACACUUGCCGAUACCAUACAUCAUCCUGCAUUGGCUGUAUCGUCGUACGACCAAUACGUAAAAACACUUAAAACAUUUAAGAUUACAGAAUUAUCUAGAAUUAUGCACUGAAACUUUGUUAACUUGGGAUUAUCAGAACAAUUUUUUUUAGUGAAAGCUGGACAGUGCUUGUGCACGAGGGCUGCGCUUACAAGUUCCAUUGAAGUCUUUCAAACCUCUGCUUUUUGACUAAAUGUUAUGAUGGUUUUUUGAAACAGGCUCAAGGCCAUAAAGUUAGGCAGUAUAUCCAAUAAAGGAUGUUAACAAGAUCUAUCUAGACCUUGAAAGAAUUCAAUACAGUGAAACUCUGUUAUUCUAGAAAAGCCAUCUUCCAGACUGUUCCAGGGGCAGUCGGGUAGCCUAGUGGUUAAAGCGUUUGCUCGUCACGCCAAAGACCUGUGUUCGAUUCCCGACAUGGGUACAAUGUGCGAAGCCCAUUUCUGGUGUCCCCCGCCGUGAUAUUGCUGGAAUAUUGCUAAAAGCGGCGUAAAACCGUACUCACUCACUCCAGACUGUUCCUCUUACCAGCGGCUAUAUUUAUUUUAAGGAGAAUUAUCCCUGACUUAUUUUUCUGGAAAUGUGUUAUUCUGGACAAUUUUAGCCAUCCUGGGUUUGAUUGUUGGUGUAUCACGACUUGUAUCGGCAAUAUGUAAGAUACGAUGCGCUGUCUUGGUGCCCCCUAUCAUCCUAGCCCAGUCCUGACAAAGCACUGUUGUGCCAGUGGAAUGAUCAAGGAUGUGCAGUCUUAUUCAAAUUAGAUGUUAUAUUCCCAUAUGAUACCUCUGCAUGAACAUCUGACAACACCUUGAGUCGAGUCAGGUUGACUUUCUAAUCUGCCAAACAACGUUGAGGCUUCUAAAUUCUCUACAUGUCAGUAGAGCAUUCAGACCCACAUGUUGGACUUCUGUAUAUCGAAAAUGGAGUUAAACAUUCAGGUCUGAAUAACAAUGGCGGCAUGAUUAUUUUGAUGAUAUUGUUGUGGAUAUGUUAUAGACCUGGUGCCAUGGUGUCUACACCAGCGAAGGAAUAAUUUUGUUUUGUGUUGGUUUUCUUAACACAAGUCGAAAUUUCUGAAUCAAGGUCGUAGGGAAUUGAAGCGAACUUGAUCCAGGCAGCUGACAUCUGAUUACCUCAAAACCCACACAUCCUUCAUUUAGAUUUGGAGGUCAAAGUUCACUCAGAGUUCACCUAAUGUAACGACCUUCUAUGGAAGGGUUAUCAGAACUUCACGCAGAGAGGUAUCGUAUCGGAGUACAUAAUCUGACUUCAGUGAGAUUUAUGCAUGUGCAGUCUACAUUGGCAACAGGAUGGCAAAGAACUUGUACAUUAACUAUACACAUGAGCAAGUGUUAUGGGGGCCAUGGUUUUAUUGGACCACCACACUUACAUGAUGAGGUUUGUGUUUUCCGACUGCAAGAUGCUGAUAUUAAUGCCUCUCACAAAUCACUUACCGGACGGUUCAAAGAUUGAUCACUUAAUUGCACACUAGAGGUAUUAGCAAAUAACUGUGUGAAGUAAUGUUCUUAGGGUGAUUGUCUUUCCUUGUUUUCUGAAUUUGACUUUUCUAAAUUUUACAUAAGCACAACAAUAAGUUAACAUUGUGUUCAUCUUGUAUACUUAUCUAACACAAUUUUUGCAGGAAGAUCUGUUAUAACUGUUAUUACCUGUUUUUUAAACACCUGAAAAAGGAUAAACAGGCAUGUAGGAAAUAAUAUCUUUGGUAUAUUAAUUUUAACCACCAACACAUCAGACCACAGUUUAGUUUCCCUGACUAGAGGUCAUUUGAGCUUAUGUCAGGGCCUGUUUGUCCGUUGUCCAUCAAAACAUUUCAGAAACCACUUGACCAAAUGAAGCUGAAAUUACACAUACCGGUACUUCUUCCCACUAAUGAUGACACCCCAAUUUGUUCAAGUGUACAAAUCCAAUCUGCCACAGCAGCCAUAUUGAAAAAUCAGAGUUUGUUAAAAAUUUAAUGAAAAUUGGCAUUUGUUUUUACCUUCACUUUACUAUGCUAUUAAAUACUCUCAAAGGGCAUAUUUGGCUGGGGGAGCUGAACUUUGGCAUGUAUGUUUCCCCCUAUGAUAAGAUCAUAUUUUGUUUAAAUCUUAGAAUUUCGUGUUAGCUUUUAGUCCUUGAUAUUUAAGCAGAAAUCUUUUAACAUUUUAACAUCAAUGCAGACCGCAAAAAGAUUUUUAGUGUCUAUUUUUGUUGACUACGCAUAUCAAGACAAGCUAUAGUGCCAGGACACAAUUUUACUUCUUGCCCCUUUUAAUAUUGACCUAGAAAGUCGGCUAAAUGAAAAAUUUGUCAGGUAUCAACAAAAUGUGCAAAAUAUUUUACGAAAUAUAUAUCUGUAUUUGAAAUGUAUUCUCAACUUACCAGUAGAGAAAGUGUUGUACAGUAUGGACUUGUUGCUGUUUGAAGAAGGGAGUGACAACAACGUGCUAGUGAUAAAGAUUGUUAACAGCAUAAAAAGCAAUGUUCUUGUUGAUAUUUAUAGGAAAUAAUCUUUUUUGUUUUGAAUUUAAUAUAUUUCAACUUGUUGAUUUCAUCUGUGAUUUAUCCUUAAGCCAAUUUGUUAUAAUCGUAGAUAGAUAUUAAUUAGUUCUUGUAUUUUGUUACAAAUUGAGAAUUACAAGCUUGAUAUAUUUAUCAUUUUAAAUAUGUUGUGAGACAACUUUUCUGUAUGAUUAAUGAAUAUUCUGCACAACUUUUGUUAAAAUUGAACAUCAGUCAUAGUUAAUUGUUAUGCAUAAUAUUUUCAGAUAUUUUUCAUUUCCAAGUCAUUUUCAAACUAUGAAAACAAUCCUCUAAUGUGGAAGUGUUAAGUUUUAGUUUGUUGUUCAAGUUUCAAAUAUUGUUGAUGGGAAUGAUUUGGAUGUCUAUCAGUUGUUACUGCUAUUAGCUUUAUCAAUUAAGACAUUAUUAAUCUGUCAGUUCCCAGUUUACAUAGUAAAGACAAUAUGUGUUCAGUUAGAUACUAAUGUGCUUCAGGAGGAAUAGGUUGGACUAAACGUAUUAACUACUGUUGUUGAAUAAGAAGUGGUGUGUUUAGAGUCUGCUCGUGUAGAACUAAUUCGACUUUAGACCACUUACUACUGAGAAACAAAGUUAAGAAAAAACACAACACACCAAUUGGAUCUGUGGAUCUGCAGAAUGUGUUUAACAUCAACAGGGUGGAAGGUGUGCCCGUGGGCCAGUCUGCUGUGUUUUCACCGACUGCUACGGCGCAUGUGUCGAGUCAUGACACAUUGACGAAUACACGUAGAGAACUCCACAUGCCCUACGUCACAUGGAAAUGAAUUCUUCCAUCGUAUGCACAACACCUACUGUCUCAGAACACGCACCAAGUUUCUCAAGUUUGUUUAGCAGUAUGAGAACAUAUUUUUACUUCACUGGCAAUAAAUAACGUUAACAUUUUCAACUCGAAUGAGUUGGUCUACUGUUCAUUAGCCUGCCUUGUUUCUGUGUGGAUACAGUAUUGUAUAGUGAGAAUUGUUUCAAGAGUGGUAUUGUUACAGUAGUUGUUGAUGAAGCAUUCAGUCUCUGUGUGCAGACUCCGCUUGGAUGGAUUGUGUAUGGUGGAAUAAAAUUAUAACAUCU